AUGGACAUGCCUCCGGAUCCACCCGAAGCCGCGAUGCAGGAGCAUCAUAUUGUCAAGGCCGAUGAGGUCGACCAAACAGGGACCGAUAUCUCGCCAGUUUCAGACGACCAACUCAUGGAGGAGGCGUCUCAGGCCGCAUCCGCCCCUGAGAUGAUGCCUUCUGCCCCGGACAAGUCUAUGAAGCGACCAGAACUCCGCCGUGAAGGCUCUGCUCCGCCUCCUCCUCUGCAGCCGCCGCCGCCGGCGCCCGUGCAGGAAAACACGGAGCGGGGUGCGAACUCUCUGAGCUUAUCGGACCUGCGGAAGCUGGUGGGUGAAAUGCCCAAGAUCGAGCAACCAGCCUAUGCUUUUGAAUAUGCCGACGCUCAGCCUUUUCCUGAUGAGCUCGAAGAAUGGUUCCAGUAUAAUGAUUUCGAUCGUGUCAUGUUGAUGGGCACAAAAACGACUUUUAACCAGAAAUGGCCUGCCUUCUUACAGCAACACCAGCUAGACACAUCUGAAUUGUCUUGGCUUGACGCAUCCCAAGAUCUACGUCGCUCAUUUAUCUCUCUUAUGAUAGAGGGCCUGCAACUCUCUGAAGUCACAGCACGAUUGGAAGCCCUUGAGACCAUUUGCUAUAUCAUCACUGGCGUAUGGGGUGUCAGUGGUGGGAGAGUGGCACCCGACUAUCCUUCAGACAGAGAUCCCGAAUCAAUUGCCGAAACGCCAUUGCUGAAAUCAUUGCAAAUUGAGUGUAUCGAGAAGAAUGUUUCCCUCCUCCAGGAAUGCUCAGGUGUGACCGCUUUGGUGGAGUACAUGUGCCGUCUCUUUGAUAAGUCCCGCUCAUCACUGGGAUCGGACUCCAAUGGCAUUGACUACGAGCGGCUUAACCCGGGCGAUAUCGCUGCACCGGAGCGUGAGGCCAACUUGGUGCUUACAAGCUUAUACUUUGCCGUGGAAGUCGGCCGCAGACAACAGGCACGCGACGCUCAGUGCAGCUCAAUCCGCGAUACAUUGACCGAUUCAAAUCCAAACCUGUUGGUUUCUAUCGUUGAAAUCAUCGCCCGGCUACGCUGGGAUGAAUCUGCCAAUAUUCCGCUGACCAGGAUCCUUUUGUUGCUCUGGAAGUCGCUGCUUCUUGUCUUUGGCGGGACUGAUGAUUUGAAGCGUGCAAAGGAAGUAUUAGAGCCCGCUGUUUCGUCCGAGAAGGAUAAUUCUAAGCGUAGAACCCCAUUUUUACAUGCUUCUCCCCUGGACUAUCACAUCUUCCGCCAGGAAAUCACCUCCAAAUAUCCAGCUUACAACCCUCCGCCACUGGUCGUUCCACUGGAAUUGGAGAAUAAUUCUAUACUACCCCCUCUGCCGCACAACGCAGCCCGGAUGAACUCAUCCAGUGGUAUCUUUUGUGGUGUCGGCCCAUCAGUCUCUGGAGGUAAUGGCUCCAUCCUUCAGCAAGCCGUUCACAUCGCCACCCCGGCCCCAUCUCCGCCACCAUCGCCUGCUGGUCCAGGAGGCAAAGCUGGGAAGAAGCAAAACUACCAGACCAAUCAAAACUUCCCGUUCAUGUAUCCACCCCUCGAUGAUUCCAGCAACCGCAUUGGUGGGAAGGGUACAACUGAACGCCAGGACACUCUGGUUGGCAAGCGAUGGGAGGGCAGUGACGUCCCUGCAUCUAUCAUUGAAGCUGGAAAGCUCUUCUCUACUCAUGUUAAGAUGACGCGUGCGAUGCGACAGCUCUGGCAGGAACGUGAAAACUUUAUGAAGUAUGAUCGCGGCUGGAACUCGGAGGAUGCUGCUCACUUCCCCGACAAUGUCUCAGAUGACCUACCUGAUGAUUUUGAAUACUUGGAUUUAUCAGGCGAUGAGCAGAAGCCUGAACCUAAACCCAAGCCAGUGGUGAAAGAGACAGAUGAUCCUGAUGUCCAACGACGUCUGGAUGCGGUUGACUCAUUCUAUUCCCAAACCUUGUCUAAUCUUCAGUCCAUCACGAUUGUGUUCCUGAAGAUCAUCUUGACAAAUGUUAGCGCGGUGGUCAACCAAGCAGGUAGCCAGUCUACAUCUCAGGGCAUCAGUAAUGGCCAUUCCAUGAAUGGCUCCUCUCCGGAUCUCUUUUCUGAUGCAUCUAUCGAUGAGCUUGACAACAUUCGACUCCGAGAGAUUACUGGAAAAGCUGUGUCUGGAACUCUGCUGCUUCUUUUGAAGUGGUUCAAGCGGUCUCACAUCUUGAAAUUCGAAUAUAUGACGCAGCUUCUACUUGACUCCAACUACAUUCCCUUGAUUCUCAAGAUGUUCGCACACCAAGACGUCGACCAGGCUGUUGCACAUAAAAAUGACCGGGAUGAUUUAUCCUUCUUCCACUUCUGUCAAAGCAACACAGACCACCCUCUGGAAACCGAGAACUACUCAGAAGGCGAUACCGAGAGUGAAGACGAAGCCAUGCCACCUCCAAUCACCCGGCAUCGCUCCGACCCAACAGCCAAUGGCAGCAUGCCAGGGCUAUCCGAAGAAGAAUCCCUAGCCGAUCUGCUCCACGGCCCAGCCCGCCCCGAAGUCGACGAACUGGGAUACCCAACGGCGCCUCUCCCCAAAGAGCCAAUCAAAGUCUUCUCCUUCCGCAACUUUUUCUCCGCCAUCAACUACCUCCACAUCAUGCAAAAGAUCACCCGCGAUAAAGCCCACCGCUGUCUUCUCCUCGUCCAAUACAAAUCAAGCAACAUCCUCCGCAAGGGGCUCAAAAUCCCCGACCCCAAUCUCCGCUUCUACACCCUCAAACUCUUCAAAUCCCAAGUCCCCUACUGCGGCCGCAAAUGGCGCCAGAGUAAUAUGCGCGUUAUCACCGCUAUCUACCUCUACUGUCGCCCCGAGCUGCGCGACGACUGGCUCGCUGGCUCCGACGUCGAUGCCGAGGUCGAAGAGGCUUUACCGCUGGAACAGGCUCUUCGUGGUCUCACGCAUUGGUGGCAUCUGCGCCAAUACAAGGAUGUCAUGGGCGGUGAAGAGGGUGCGUCGCUGAUGGAAGAGGAACGUGAUUUCUUUGUUAGAGAGCUUGAGGCUAUGGGCUGGGGUGUUGCAGAUGAGAUUCUGACUGGACCUUGUGAGGAAGAGGUAAGCGGUUCUAUGGCGCAAGGUAAUGAGUGGGAAGGUGUGCCUCUUCCUAUGGAGGGGUGGCCGUGA